AACUCUCGGCGUCCGUCGGACUACAUCUGCUGUCGAUGACUUUUGACUUGAUUGCUGGAAUUACGUUGCCGGGUGGAUCGUUCCGUAAUCUAGACCUCGUGAUCGCCAGCUUUUUGGCCACUGAUCAUUGUCAACGUUUACAUUGCUUUAAGUAACAUCAGAGGGCUUUGGCAGCAACCCCAAACAGCAGCAGAUCUACACUCACGAGGAGGCAACCAUGGCCGCUUGGCUAUGAGAUAUAAGGAGCCAUGGCGGCUUGGCACCGGAUAACCGCCUUCUCUUCGCUGCUCCAAGCCGGUUUGUUAUUGUUGUUGUUGUCGGCGCGGAGCAGUGGGAGACCGUUGGAGAAAUGUGCUGGCGACAAGCCCUGUCAGCCCCUUAGACCUCCCGUGGUCAUUAUUCCAGGGGAUCUGGGAAACCAGUUGGAGGCGAAGCUCGACAAACCCAGCGUGGUCCAUUACAUUUGCUAUAAGAAGACCGACUCCUUCUUCACUCUGUGGCUCAACCUGGAGCUGCUGGUCCCUGUGGCCAUAGACUGCUGGAUAGACAACAUAAGAUUGAUCUACAACAAGACCACACAUGCCACCUCAUCCCCACCGGGUGUGGACAUCCGUGUCCCAGGUUUCGGACAGACGUAUUCGCUGGAGUAUCUGGACCCGAGCAAACGCAGUGUGGGCAUGUAUUUCUUCACUAUAGUGCAGGCAUUGGUGGACUGGGGCUACACCAGAGAUGAUGAUGUCAGAGGAGCUCCAUAUGAUUGGAGGAAAGCCCCCAAUGAGAAUAAAGAGUAUUUUCUGGCGCUGCAGCGGAUGAUUGAAGAGAUGGCGGAGAAGGCUGGUGGGCCCGUGGUGCUCAUUGCUCACAGCAUGGGCAACAUGUACACCUUGUACUUCCUCAACCAGCAGCCACAGGCCUGGAAAGACAAAUACAUCAAAGCUUUCAUUGCUUUGGGCCCACCGUGGGCGGGGGUGGCCAAGACCCUUCGUGUGCUCACCUCUGGUGACAAUGACCGCAUCCCAGUGAUCAGCCCGUUGAAGAUUCGCUCCCAGCAACGUUCUGCUGUCUCAACCACCUGGCUGCUCCCUUACGCCCACACCUGGCCCAAAGAUCAGGUUCUGGUGCAGACACCUGCUAGAAACUACACUGUGCUGGACUACAAGCGCCUCUACUCAGACAUCGGCUUUGAGGACGGCUGGUUGAUGCGGCAGGACACGGAGCCGCUGGUGACCGACCUCACGCCCCCCGGCGUGGCCGUCCACUGCUUGUACGGCAGCGGCGUCCCCACGUCGGAGGCCUUCCACUAUUCUGACAAGUUCCCUGAUGUGGAGCCCACCGUGGUGUACGGCGACGGGGAUGGGACCGUGAACCUGCGAAGUGGAAUGCAGUGCAAGCGUUGGGUAGGGAAGCAAAAACAGCCUGUGACGUUAAAAGAGCUUCCAGGGAACGAACAUGUGACCAUGUUGCUGAACUUCACGACCGUGGCUUACAUCAAGACUGUGCUGUUCUCUCCGUGAUGCUGGCAGGAAGCCGAGCAGGAAGAUGGCUUUAGUCUCUUACACACACACACACACACAGCCACACACUGUAUUAUUUAAAUUCUACGCACAGCCAUGUGAAAGACAGACUUGGACUGAUUCAUCUCGCCUGUCUUUUCAAACAGUGACUGCCAAAAUAUUCUCCCUGUACAUGCCCCAGUUCUCCACAACAAGUAUUGACAUUUUGUAGUCCAAUUGCAGAAUCAAAGUUUUAAAACAAAUUUUAUAGCUGUAAUCACACGACGUAUGUUAAUGUCAGGUUGUUUACUGUUCAGUAAGCCUAAAUACAAAGACUUUUAUAUCAGUCUCAGGUUACAAAGACCCUGAGAUUUUACCAGUUAAAUUCAUGGUAUUGUGAUAAAGAUUAUGUGGACGUACAGGUCAAAAACCAGGGAUAUACUGUUUGUGCCACCUCCUGAGUUAUUAAUCCAAGUCGGAUCUUUAUAUUAAUGUUGUGAAAGAGAUUUCUGAACUCCUUCAACUCUAAUGUUGUUUGGCUAAAACGCACACUGCAUUCGCAUCUUUGUCUGUGCAUAAUUUCUCUAUUUCAUUUCUAGUGUUUUUGUUUGUUUGUUUGCAUGCAGCUGAGCUGACUUUUUGUUGUGUGCUGAGAGACUAAAAGCGUACCUUGGAUACGGAAGUUGAUUUUAGUCACGUUGAAGCAACUCAACGGUCAAACAAAAAGCUUUUUCAACAGCUGUACAAAACUGACAAAGGUCCAUAAAACGUGAACUCAGAGUUCACUAAUUAGCAUUUUCAGGAGCUUUGAACGGCAUCUCACCAUCUUGAUCGAGUGAAGGUGAGGUGAGUCGGAUCCUUCUUUUGAGUUUGUUUCACUCAACAGUGGAACUUACAAAUUGAUCAAAAAUUUCAACUCAAAUGAGAUGUAGGUCAAAGUGCCAGAAAAUCUAGUAGGCGGACCUUUGAAAUCAAAUUAUUUUAAGAGUUUGAACAAAUUCAUUUGAAACUCUGCUCACGAUUGUUUGCUGCAUCCAAAAACAUGGAGCUCAUAUAGUGGCAUGAUGUUUUUAAGUGUCCAAAUGAUCUUUUUAGCAUUCAUGUUGUAAUUUUCAACUAUGUUAAGCUCUUUCUCAUCACUUUUUUGGUUCUAUACUUAUUUUUCCCCCAAUUUCGGUUUGGAUCAGGUGCAGAGACAGGAUGGAUUUAGAUGAGGAUAAAUGAGGAGACUUUUAUUGUUUUAUGGUAUAUAAUUUUCUUGCCUGUUUGUUGUAUCCUCUUUCUGUUCAGAUAGACUUGAAAAGUUCUGAACGCAGAGUUUAAAAUCCGACUUCCUGUCCUCGUCAGCGUGCAUCCAGAAUCUCUCUGACCUGAGUGAUUGUACUGUGCCAUCAAGCCUGCUCUGGGCCAGACCAAGAUGAUAUACUCAUAUCUGCUGUGAACUAUCAGAUGUGUGUGUCAAACAUGUGAUGCCUUCAGUAGAGUAAAUAUUUCAAAUAUUCCAUAUAUUCAGCCAUUUAUUUUUCUUUAUGCCAUAAGUUCACCUGGUAUAUUCUACAUUCAUGCUGUGUUAAAAAUAUAUUUUAUUUUUUGGGCUAUAGUUUACCUCUAAAGCUGAUGAUGAUAAUAAUCUGUCAUGUUUUAAUUCAGUAAAGUGCACAGACGCUGAAAGUGGUGUUGACCUUCCAGAGCCUCAGGAUCUGAUAGUGCAAGUCAUUUUAACUGCCUCUUCUUUGUACAUGUCAGUGAGGUAAAUGGAAAAUAUGACUGCGCGUUGAAACCACAUGGUGACAAAAUUAAAUCCACAGCUUCUUUUCAAAUGUACA